CGCCUGCGAUCCGGAUCCGAGCCCAUGGAGCCGCUGUGGGGGAACAGCAGCUGUGCGAACGGUUCUUUGGUUAAUGUUUCUUGCUCGUCUCGGCGGGUCAUAUGCCAGGUGAUCGGUGAUGGCAACCUGACCACCUCUGUCCAUAAGAAUCUCACUUUGCACAGCAGCUGGGCAACACAAGUAGAAAGCAAAUAUGGAUUCUACAUUGGCUUGGCCCUUGCCAUCUUCUCCAGUUUCCUCAUCGGCAGCAGUGUCAUCCUCAAGAAGAAAGGGCUGCUGCGGCUGGUGGACAAAGGGAGCACCAGAGCAGGAGACGGAGGUCAUGGCUACCUUAAGGACUGGCUGUGGUGGGCUGGACUGCUAACCAUGGGUGGAGGGGAAGCUGCCAACUUUGCUGCCUAUGCGUUUGCACCUGCAACUAUCGUCACCCCCCUUGGCGCCCUGAGCGUGCUCAUAAGUGCCAUCCUAUCUUCCUAUCUGCUCGGAGAGCGGCUAAACCUGCUGGGAAAGCUCGGCUGCAUGCUGAGCAUUGUGGGGAGCACGGUGAUAGUGAUACACGCCCCAGAAGAAGAAGAGGUCACCACGCUGGCCGAAAUGGCUUCAAAACUGAAAGAGCCCGGUUUCCUCGCUUAUGCUGCCAUCCUCUUAGUAGUCUGCCUGAUUCUGAUCUUCUUCCUCGCACCCCGCUACGGGCAGCGCAACAUUCUCAUCUACCUCACCAUCUGCUCCGUGAUUGGUGCCUUCUCGGUGUCUUCCGUCAAAGGACUGGGGAUUGCCAUCAAGGGCUUCUUUGCUGACCAGCCUGUCCUGCAGAACCCGCUGACCUGGAUCCUCAUCCUCACGUUGGUGGCUUCCGUCACCACUCAGAUCAACUAUCUCAACAAAGCUCUAGACAUUUUCAACACCUCCUUGGUAUUUCCCAUCUACUACGUGUUAUUCACCACCAUAGUCAUCACCACGUCUAUCAUCCUCUUUAAGGAGUGGGUCGCCAUGUCAGUGGUGGACAUUAUUGGGACGGUUUGUGGCUUCCUCACCAUUAUUUUGGGGGUGUUUUUACUCCAUGCCUUCAAAGACAUGGAUAUAAAUUUGGGGAACCUCCCGCAUGUUCUUCAGAACAGCGGCCAGGCACCAGCAAUCAAGGAUGACAAGAACAUUCUGAUAGAAGUGGACAAUUCUGGCAUGAUUGCCGAUGAUAAACCCAAAGUAUUCAUGAUCUACAGCUAAAGCAGUGAUAUAAAUGGUUAAGGGCAGAGGAUGCUGCUCUGAGCAGGCUAAAAUGUUACCGGGCAAUUUUAAAGCAAAAGCACAGAAAGUAAAACUAAUCAUGAGGCUGACCUAAUGCUACUAGAGACACAUGCAAUCUUCCAGUGGGCUCUGGAGCAGGCCUGAUGUCAUAACAUGAGGAAGGGGCAUAUUUUGUGUUCACCCAUAAGACAUCAACAUGAAUAGCUGCUGAAAGUGGCAACUCCAUUGAAAUAUGACAAGCUUGGAGCAAAAUUCUCCUCUGGGAUCCUUGCUGAGGGCUGGUCUCAACAUUGUCAGUUUCUAGUGCAGGAGCUGCACACUUUUUCCUAAGCAGAACUCUGGCUGAUGUGCUUACUUCAAACUGACCUCCACUGACUGACUGAUUAGUGGGUUUUGAUUUCUUUACAGCCCCUAUCCCAAGAGCUUUAGGUAUUUCUGCAAAACUUAAAAUACAUAGCAACAGCAAAAAGAACAGGAAGACCCCCCAGUGAAUAUUCUGCCCUUGCAAACCCCCUGGGCAGCUUAUCCAGGUGGAUAGCAACAGCAAGUCCUGACAUCUGACAACCCCUUAAGGCUUCCAAUCCCCGAAAACCUGGGGGAAAAAGAUGGAUUUUCAGCAUGCCAUUGGCUUGUCAGAGCAAGUUCCAUAGUAAAAGGCCCACUCCUGGAAAACACCCUCCUCUGACCCACAA